CCUUCUUUAUUGUACACAGAACCAACAUAAACAAACGGAAAGUUUUCAUUUAAGUUCAGAUACUUUUAAUUUUUUAAACUUUAUUUUGGUUUUAUUUAUAUCAGAUUGUUUUGGUUUGAAUCAGACUGCUGCACAGAGAAACGUGUCCGUGAUGCUGUAAGGAUGAGCAGCAGUAAAUGCCAGGCCGCCGCAGGCCGUCUGCUGGACUUCCUGCGUGAGUGGGAUCGUGGGAAUAAAGUCGUACGCAGACGGAUGCUUCAAACGUUUCUGCUACAAAACACGGGGAAGACGAGUCCUGAGCUCGAGCUGGAGUUCAGCCAGGCCGCCAGUCUGUUCCUCGCUCGCAUCUGUGCCUGGAUGAGACUCACCUACAUGUUCGGCACGUGUCUGGAUCUUCAGCUCAAAGCUCUGAAGGUUUUUCUCUCCGCUACCAGCAAUCACCGGUACCUGCUGGAGUUUUUGGAGGUGGGAGGCAUGAUGACCCUGCUUGAGGUUCUUAAACAGGAUCGGACCAAGGAAGGAGAAAAAGCUGAAGCUCUUCAACUGCUCAGCAUCAUUGCCAACACUGGAUACAAGUACAAAGAGGUCGUCUGUGAAAGCUACGGUGUGAAGGUCGUAGCUGAGUGUCUGGUGAAGUCCCGCUCAGAGGAGACUCAGCGCUCGGCGAUCAACCUGCUGGAAUCUCUGGCUCACGGGAACCUCAGGUACCAGAAGCAGGUGUAUAAAGGUCUGAUCGCUCUGCUGGCCUGCAGAAACCCUACAGCUCAACAGCUCGUGCUUCACACCUUACGCAAAGUGCAGACUUUUGUAAAAUCAGCUCAUCCGGCUAUAGUGGAACCACUGCUGGACCUACUGCGCUCGUUUCAUCUGGAGGUUCAGUGUGGAGCUAUAGAGCUGAUUAUAGAGCUGCAGCAGACGGAGGUGAGAGACGUUCUGCUCAGCGCUCUGCUCGCUCUACUCAAACCUACCAGAGAUGGAACCCACAAACACAAGAUCCUGCAGGAUCCAGAGAUGAUAAAGAUGACAGAGCCAUUACCAGUGUACGUCCAGCAGGCAGCAGCAGCCAAAACUCUACGGAUGUUGGCUGAGGGAAAGCGGGAGACGUCAGAGGAGCUGGUCCAGCGUGGAGUGGUGCAUCAUUUACUCUACGCCAUGGGCAAUCAGGAGCAUGCAGAGGCUCAGAUACAGGCCAGUCUGGCUUUGGAGCAUUUCGUGCGCUCCUACCCCGAGGUUGAGGAACAGGUACGGAGUGCUAUGGGAUCUGAUCUCUUUAACUCCUUCAUGCACAACGCAGAGCUCCUGUACAUCAGCAUGGAUGAAGUUCAAGCAGAUAUUUUACUGUCCAACAAAGUGGAAGUUUCAAGCGAAAUGAAAGAGCGAACUGCGGCGACGGAGGAGGACGCAGACGUCAGGACCUACGCGGUGUGGGUGUCGGAGGUGAUGCUGCAGCAGACUCAGGUGGCCACAGUCAUCGAUUACUACAACAGAUGGAUGAAGAAAUGGCCAACAGUGCAGGAACUGGCUGGAGCUUCACUAGAGGAGGUUAAUCAGAUGUGGUCCGGACUGGGGUAUUACUCACGCGGACGGAGACUGCAUGAAGGAGCGCAGAAGGUGGUGCGUGAUCUUGACGGUAAAAUGCCAAAAAAUGCUGAAGAUCUUCUCAAGCAGCUGCCUGGAGUUGGCCGAUACACAGCCGGGGCGAUCAGCUCCAUCUCACUGGGAGAGGUGACUGGGGUCGUGGAUGGAAAUGUGACCCGGGUUCUGUGUCGGGUCCGGGCGAUCGGAGCGGACAGCACCAGCACUCGCGUCACUGUUGCACUCUGGAAAUUAGCAGGUACCGUGGUGGAUCCAGAGCGACCGGGCGAUUUUAACCAGGCGAUGAUGGAACUUGGGGCGACGGUGUGCACCCCAAAAUCUCCUCUCUGUACCCAGUGUCCUGUAGAGUCUCACUGUCACGCUAACAGAAAGGUUCGAUCGCUACAGCAGAGAGACUCCCAAAGACUUCUGGGUAAAUCGGACUCGACCUCGGACAGCCCUGUUCCUGAUAUAGAGAACUGCUUGAGUGCUGGUCACUGUAAGCUGUGUCUCUCUGAGGACUGGAACACUGAACUCGGGGUGCAGAAUUUUCCCCAGAAACCAGUGAAGAAGGCGCCUCGUGUGGAGCGAACGCUCGUCUAUGUCCUGCAGCGACAGAGUAACGACGGAGAGACUCAGUUCCUGCUCACACAGAGACCCAGUACAGGGCUACUGGCAGGAAUGUGGGAGUUACCCAGUGUGCUUUUGGAGGAGGGCGUGUCUGAGAAGAAACACAGAGACCUGUUAAACACAGAGAUGAAGAGGAUUCUCGGGCGCUCUCCUCCUGCAGAGUCAUUUCAGUACGUCGGAGAGGUGGUUCAUAUCUUCUCACACAUCCACCAGACGUACGUGGUGUACAGCGCAGCGGUUUGUGUUUCUACUGAUGAGGACAAAGAGCAGAAGAUCUGCUGGCUCACCCGUUCAGCCCUGCAGGAGGCCGCCGUAUCCUCCGGCGUUAGAAAGAUCAUUAAGCUUUAUUCUGAGUCCACAAACAACCUGGAUACAAACAACCUGGAUACAAAGAAUAAGAAGCAAAUCUCUGAGGCUGGUAACAGCAAGAAGACCAAACAGUCGAGGAAACGAGGGGCCAACAACGACCCGAAGCAACUUUCACUCAGCCAGUUCUUCACCUCCUCAAAACAAACCAGAACCUGAAGCAAUUCUUCAAUACUGAGUGUAUGAAAUACAUCUUCAGCCUGUUUAUAUUCAGCGGUCAAGCUGCAGCUGGCUAACUUCACUGGCUUAAGCAUUUUAUUAUAAAUCAUGGAGAAAAGAUUGUAGAUUUUUAAUAGUACAGUUCUUUAGGCUCAUGUAGUCUUUUGUUAAGGUAUGUUUACACGUCGCCCAGGCUAAUUAACAUGAAUUCUUAUGGGAGGCAGCCACACAAUAGUCGACAUUUUUAAAAGCGUUCUGACAUCAAGUACCUUUACAUCAACUAACCAAGAGCUUCAAUCCAGUUCAGUCUUUCAGGGAUACAGGACAAAACAGUUCGAUUAAAACCACCUCCUUGUUUCUACACUCACUGUCCAUUUUAUCAGC